UGAUUUUUUCAACUUUUAAAAAACUGGCACGGGUGCCAUGUCCGUGUAUGAUCAUAUUAGCGAUCGUACAAGACCGUGUGAGACCGUACGAGACCGUAUAUACAACCGCACAUGAAGUCCAUUCCACGAGUGAGCUCAACCGUGUCAAUAUCGUAUAUAAAUCGUAUGGAAUCGUGUGAAACCGUUCCUAAGUCCUACAUCCAACACCCGGAUUAACACUCGAAUGUCACACGAUCACCGUAUGAUUCACACGAGUGUACCCACGGUUUUAUACGACGAAUACGGUUUCAUACGAUCGCCAUACGACCAAUACGGUUCAAGUACGAAUUAUAUAGUCAUGGUCAAGUACGACCAGACACGGUCUCUACGCCUGUACAAAGCUGACAACUUGAAACAACAGAGUACUUGCUACACAAUGCCUCCAAAGAAGAGGAAGGUCCCCAAAAGAAUCCCCACCGUGGAAGAUUCUCCAAGAGAGAAUACAAAAAGGGCCACCAAGGCCCCCCGACCACUUCAACCUGUCGACCCUGAUGAGCUGGAGGACCCACUGACACUUCCUGACGAGAUACCCAAAGAUGCAGAUUCGGAUGCCAGCUCGAUGGACCCUCCAGGAACUGCCGCACCCAUGAAAAAGAGAACAAUCCAGCGCAUCACCAGAAAACUCACCGAUGCCGAGGAAGUCGAUGUGAUAGAGUGGAUCCAGGCUAACUCAAGUAUUUUUAACAAGGCGAAUGCUGAAUACAAAAACACGAAGAAGCGGGACCAGUUCGCCGACAAAGACGCCCAGCUUGGAGAGGGGUUGACCGGACAGGACCUAUACAAAUGGUAUCUUGGGCAGCGUACGGCGUUUACAAAGUUGAUCAAGCGUCCGGCAAGUGGCAGUGGUACAGUCUUGAUGACCGCCCGACAGCAGUGGUUGGUAGAGAGCAUGUCCUUCCUCAUGGGGCAUUGUACAUCGAUCCCCGUACGGAAAGGUGUGGAUUUGACUGCUGCCAGGAAGAAGCGGUACGGCGAUGCACCCUCACAGAACAUACCAGCCUCAGACCCAGCUGCACCAGAAGAUGCACCGUCUGCACCUUCUACAGCUUCAGUCCACUCAGAUUCAGAUCUGCUAGAAGAAAGGGAAGCUUUGACACAGGAGUUGAGAGAAAUGAGACAAGAAAGGGCUGACACGGCAGCUGUCACCAUCAGACAACUGGCACACUUAAUGCGCCAAAUGACGCCAUCUCUCCGGGAUCAGUUCAUGACCGAAACCCUUGCCUCUGCCUUGCGUUAUGUGGACCUCUCCAGGCAGCAGACCCAGAAGCUGCCACCCCAGCAGCUUUCCUCUGUACCAGCACAGCAGCAUUAGCCCAUCCUCCAGGACUUCAUGACCCCCCAACGCCCAAUGCACCAGGCACAGCAGCAGUCACCACAGUAUGCCCAGGACCACGCCAUGGCCCUUCAACUGGCACAGCAACUGAAUCCCCCCACCACUGAGACAGAGAGACGACACUUCUUCACCACACUUCAAGGCUGCUAUCCAGAUUUUAAUGGAUCUUCAUGUCCACCACCAGCCCCUACCUAUGCAACACUAACUGCUCGUCGCACCCCAACAGCCACAGUGACCACAGAUGGUAUCAUUGCAGGUGCUGCUGCUGCAGGAAUACCUUCAUUUUCUACUACCACCGUCCAAAGUCCCACCGUGAGCACACCACAAAUGGCCAGUGCACCCACCACCCAGCCUGCUGACGCUAGCCAGAACUUGUCUUCGUUUAUGAGGCAUAUGAUUCAGGACGAUGACAAGACAACCUCAUACUGAACCAAGACACCAAGAACUGUGUCCGGGAAUUUGUUAUUAUGGCAAUUUUUUAAAUGAUUUUUAAUCAAGGAGAUUAAUUUGAAAUUAUUAUAAGACAGUCAUUGGAGUCUAAUGACUAUUUUGU